UACUUGCGAUGGACAUCCAGGAUGUGCCCACCGUGAACAUCACGUGGAGAAGACUCAAAGAUUUAUUGCUCGAUAUACACCGUCACCCAGAGCAUAUUUUUUAUCGGAUAGGUUUGAGCAUAGGAACCAGGCCCUGGAUUUGGCUUUUAGCGACGUUAUGCGUUAGUGGAAUAUGUGGCCCGGGGUUACUAUUUUGGGUAGAAGAAAUAGACGACGUAGAAGUAUUUAUUCCUAAAUCUUCCAUAAUUCGAUCCGAUGCAAAUUGGGUAAAAGAACAUUUCAAAGAUGACAUCAGAUACGAGAGCAUUCUUAUAACGGCGAACAAUAUAUUCGAACCAGACGUUCUCCACCUGAUCGCGGAGAUAGAAGAGUCCGUCAAGACGAUUGUUGUUAACAAUCACACGUGGCGUGAUGUGUGCGCAGGGUACUUAUCUUGGUUCGAAGGAGGCGACGCGCGAAGCGUAGAAGACGAAGUAUUCGCUAACGAAAUCUUGCAAAAUUUAAACAGUACGUUGUUAAAGGAAGACUGCGUAUACCAGUCUCUUUUAAAACUGUGGAAAAACAAAGGAGUCGAAAAGGUUGGAGCACUGAGUCGAGAACAGAUCUUGAACGACGUUUCGGUGGCGUUGAAAGACAAAGUCGAAGGCAACAUACUCCUAGACAUAAAACCAUUGCUUUCCGGAAUAAAAUAUGAUAGUGCAGGGCGAGUAGUUGGAGCAAAAGCAACGUUAUUAAACUGGAUGUUAAAGAAGUCAAAUCCUGGAGUGGCAGAAUGGGAGUUGGAAUUUAUUCAACGAGUGCUUUUUUCAAACCGUACCUUGCCAAAAGAUGUGGAAAUCUAUGCCGUAGCCUUUCGAAGUUUCAAGGAUCUUUUACACGAAGUUUUGCAAAACAACAUGACAAUUCUAUGCUGCGGGCUUUCGUUAAUUGCUGUAUUUGUAAUCGCAAUGAUCGGUAGAUGUAAUCUUGUGCAACAGCGAAUAUAUUUAUCUCUAUUGGGGGUGUCUGUAGUUGGUCAAGCGAUCAUAUGUUCGUAUGGAGUUUGCUUUUAUUUAGGAUUUUUUUACGGGCCCGUCCAUCCAAUUUUACCAUUUUUAAUGUUGGGGAUUGGAGUAGACGACAUGUUCGUUAUCAUGCAGAAUCUAGAUAAUUUGGCAGCAAGUAACGAAUCUCAAGAAGACCUCCCGAAGAGGAUCGCGAAGUCUCUGGAACGAUCAGGAAUUUCUAUCUCGACUACAUCGAUCACGAAUGUAAUGGCCUUUGCAAUCGGUGUCACUACAACUAUGCCUUUCCUAAGGUCCUUCUGUAUGUUUGCCUCCAUGGGAAUAUUGUUCUUAUAUAUAUUCGAGAUCACUUUCUUUGUGAGUUGUCUGGUGCUCGACGAGAGAAGAUUGGACUCGAGGAAAGAUGGAUGCUUCUGUAAACGAAAACCUGAGUGGACUCCUAACGAAUGUAGUCAGCGUAACACGCAACAAAUAAUUUUUCGUAAAUUUGUGGCACCUUUCGUUAUUAAAACUCCCGUCAAAGUGUCAAUGUUGGUGCUAUCUACUUGUAUCCUUGGCUUCAACAUUUUGGGGCUGUUGAAGUUGGAGCAAAAUUUUGAUCCCCUCUGGUACUUGAACAAGGACUCCUAUCCAAUUGAAUUUAAUGACAAAUUAAUGGAAUAUUUUCCCCAGUAUGGGAAAAGGGCUGCAUUAUAUAUGACAGGAGUCGAUUAUUACGAAGAUCGUAACGAACUUAUAAAGCUCAUGCAUUCAUUGAGAGAAAAUCCCUACAUCAAUAGCCAUACCGUGGAUUCGUGGUUCGAAGAAUAUGAGAAAUGGUUACAAAAUACUAAUUACGAUGUGGAGGAUAGAGAUGAAUACUACAGUGUGCUAACGGAAUUUCUUUUACUAACUAAGGAAGGACAAUCACAUAUAAAAGAUAUCAAGUUCGACAAAUUACCCAUUGGUGAUUACAAUAUAACAACGUCUCAAAUCCAGAUUCAACACAUUUUCAUCAAUACCACAUCAGAUCAAAUUCGGGCAAUGCAAUUGGUUAGAGAAAGCGUACAAGCUGUCAACUUCUCUAGAAGUGAUGCGCGCAUUUCAUUAUAUUCACCAGAUUAUGUGUCUUGGGCAGCAAACAAGGUAAUCGGCGAUGAACUUAUAAGGAAUUUGUGUUUGGAAAUUCUGACAGUCGGUCUCGUGACGUUUGUUCUGUUACGAGACUUGCAAACAUCAUUUUGGGUUAUAUGUUGCGUACUCUGUACACUUAUCAAUCUUUUGGGAUCCAUGUACUAUCUAGGACUGACCGUCGAAAUAUCAUCGAGUAUCAUUAUUUUACUUUGUGCCGGCCUGUCCGUUGAUUAUGCAGCUCACAUCGCAUUGGAAUAUAUCAAUGCAGAAGGUUCACGAGAUGAAAAAACGGUCACAGCACUUAGUGUCAUUGGACCAGCGGUCUUUAAUGGUGGACUGAGUACUUUUCUGGCAUUUAUACUGCUAGGAACUAGCGAUGCUUAUCUCUUCAGUACUUUUUUUAAGUUGUUUACUUCAGUAGUAUUUUAUGGUCUUUUUCAUGGUUUAAUAAUUUUACCAAUAAUCCUAAGUUUGGUAGGACCAAAGAAAAAACCAAUAAUACAAAAAAACAAUGAUCUCCCUCAGAUAGAACAAAAUGGUUACUGUACCGUUCAUCUUUUCAGCCAUAAUAAAGAUCACAGAGCAACGGAUAUUGAGACAGCUCAGAAAGACUGCUGAUAUAGUACAUUUUAUGAACCAGACAUUUACACCCAUUAAUGGGCUGUGCCAAUUGCUUAGAAAUAAAUUCAGUCCUUACUUCUGUACAUUGAUAUAAUGCUUAGUAUCUCUUUUUAUACGACAAUAAAAGUAAACAAUAUUAAAAUAA